UUAUUUGAUGGGGAUGACAACUUUAAGUACACUCCCAAUUUAGAUUCAGACUUCUUCAUGCCAGAGAGUGAGUGCAACACUAGUAGAGUAUAUAAUGUAGUGACCAGUUUUGAUAGCUCGGGUAUUUUACUUGCAAUUUUCUUUGUUUCUUUUUCUGACAUAGCACACUCAGUUAUUUGUACUAUCUCACUAUUCAUGUAUUUGCUUUCUUGCAGACAUGGCAUCCAAAGACAUGUUCGAUAUGUACAGUGCACCCGAAGCUCCUGCGAGCAAGAAGAGGGCGAGCAGGCGGCAUCACGGGGAAUGCAGCAAAGCGCCUCCGGCUAAGAAAACCCGCACUGCGGACUCUCCAACAGACGGACCUUCAACAAAUUGCAGCACCACCUCCUUCUCCCCUCGAGCAGCAGACUCCGCCUGCACCAGUCGGGUCGAGUCGACCCCUUCCCCACCGACUCCAGCCAACCAGACUCAGCCAGCUGCCCCUGCUCCAACAUGGGGUGACAUAUCGAGCCGCGCCCUAAGAUCGGCCAAGGACAGGAUGGAAAAGAUAUUGAGGCACGAGCGUUACCGAGAAGCCAUGGUUGGGACAGAUUCGAUGGACGUUGACCAAAUCUUAAGUCGUGCACUAAACAAGCUCGCAAGUGCAAUGUUGACCGUUACUGCCGGCCGGCUCUGCUAGGGAGUUAUCACCGAGCAAUCCAAGGCGUUCGAGCAACGGCACGCCGAGGAUCUCAAGCCCGCUGAAGCAAAACAUGUCGAGCAGCUUGAGGCGGCUCAGAAGACAAACGCGACAUUGCUCGAGGAGAAAGAUAAGCUGGCUGAGGAGUUGAGGGGGAAGCAGACUGCCCUGGACAAAGCCGUCGAAUCAAGGGACUAGUAUAAGGAGUCUAACCUUAUCAAUUACUGCGAGGCCAAAAAGCUCGAGGCGGACUUGAUCGCGAGCAGGCAAGAGGCCAACAAGUUGGAGGCUCGGAUCGACGAGCUUGAGAAAGCCAAUGCCAGCAAUCUGGAGAGGUACAAGGGUGCCAUGGCUAAGUGCUUCUAUGACUUCAAGAAACACAAUCAAGGGGCCGACUUCAGCUAUCUUCCCGAGCACAUGAGGCACACUGAGAUAGCCCAAUGCGUUGCUCGUUUGGCGGAAGAAGAAAAAGUGAAGAUCCUAGCCUCGCUCAAAGUCUCCUUGGCCAUUGGUGUUGAAGGUGUGGAUGAUGAAGUCGCUGCUGCAGUCAACCAAUAAAAUCCACAAAACCCUCCUGCCUUAUAAUUAUACUGUUUUUAUUUUUAAUUUUUCAAUAUACGACCUACGGGUCGAAAUGUAAAGACAAGUUUCUCUCUUUUUAUUUUUAUUUUUAUAGCUGCAUGGGCACUUUUACUUUUAAUCAGACAUUUACAUCCGAGCAGUGACUGCUCGUGGUGUAAAGGGAUUCACUUUUGAUUUUAUAAUAUUUGCAUUUUAUUAUAAUACAUGUUCGCAUGACCGAACUUAGCAUAA